UGUCAUUUUUUCUUGGUGAGAUCUAAGAAGGUAUCUGGCACAACUCAGAUUUGUGGAUUAGCAAAGCUACAUUUGCUAAAGCAAACAAACGUGGAUUGGAUUUAAUUCUUUGUGUGUAUGUGUGUGUGUGCUCACGCCUAGGAAACGGGACACCAGUAGGGGAUGGAAGAACCCUGGGAGGGAAGGUGUGUGUGUGUCUGUGUCUGUGUGUGUGUGGAUGGGGUUUUGAAGGGUAGGAUCAGACUUCCAGGGCUGUAUUAGUGUCAGAUAACACACAACGGCCUCUAAGAAUACCACCAUGCCAAGACCUAGAUCAACUACUCAAGUUAAAUGACUUAAAUCAUGACUAAAUAAUUAAGUUUUAGUCAUGUAUAUUUUUUUUUAACCAUAAAUGUAUUGCACACAGCCACAGACCUGUUGUAGUUGUUUUAGACUUAAUGGGCAGUUGACAAUGUGGCGGCGAUGUUGGAUAACUACAGCAGAUGAACAGAACAACCCAGAACCAAUCCUCACAUUCCAAUUGGCUCUGAUGCGACCCGGCCGUCUGGACAGGAUUGUGUACGUGCCCCUCCCUGACGCCGCCACGCGCCGGGAGAUCUUCUCUCUGCAGUUCCGCACCAUGCCCGUGGGCCCGGAUGUGAGCCUGGACCAGCUGGUGACCCGGACGGACAAGUACUCAGGAGCCGAGAUAACAGCAGUGUGCAGGGAGGCAGCUCUCCAGGCUCUGCAGGAGGACAUCACAGCUCAGAGCAUCGUGGCCGGACACUUCCACAGAGCUCUGCAGGCCGUCACGCCCAGGGUCCCAGACGCUCUCAUCCAGUCGUACGUCAACUACCAGCAGCAGCGAGGCCUGCGUCUCUUCUGAUGUCCCUGGGGAAGAAGGCCGACCUGCAGGGAGCGUUCAGGACGGAGCGGAGAUGUGUCUCUGUGUUACUGUGGACACCAGCCAAGGAAUGGGACUGUUGUGAUAGGAAGGAGAUUCUUCUCCUUUGUUGCUUUCUAAGGCUACUCUGUCAGUGUUUAGUAUAUUUAACUUUUGAUUAUCAAUUUAGAUAUUAUAAUUUUUUGGACUGAUGGGGGGUUUGGAAUCUGAUCUGCCCAUGUUGUGCAUUUCGUAGAUAUGAGGAUUUGAUAAUGUAAUAAAUAAUGUAGUAAAUAUGUUA